UACCGAACAAGAACACGAUCUGAUGGGUUAGUAAACAACAGAGAGGUAGAGAUCAGGGGUUAGAUACGAUUGGCAGAGUGUAGAUAGAAGCAUUGUUAGAAGGUGGGGAAAAAGCAGUCAUGGAGUUUUCCCUUUAAAAUAUUAGGGAUUUUUAGACAGUUCGAUUCAGGUGUAGUUGUAGCUGUACCAGCAGAAUAUCGAUGUGCUAAUCUGCUACCAGCGGGCUAACUGUUAGCCUAGCAGUUAGCUUUCGUUUAGCUGGUUUCUGUCGAUCACUGAUGAAGCUGCAGUUAAACAAAGUGAUCAGCUCUCAUCGAGGCAGCGCUUCGUUUCAUAGGAAGCAGCACAACAGAAUGACAGAGGAUCCUGUUCUGCUGAAAGUGCCCGUCAUUCGACAGCUGUACCACUGGGACUGCGGAUUAGCCUGCUCCAAAAUGGUCCUCGAGUAUCUGCACCCAGUCAGUGAGGAGGAGUUUCAGAGAGCUUACUGGGAGCUGAAAAUGACUCGGAGUGUGUGGACCAUUGACCUGGCCUACCUCAUGUGCCACCUCGGAGUUAAACACUGCUUUUGCACCCAAACUCUGGGCGUUGACAAGGGUUUUAGGAAUCAGUCGUUUUACAAGAAGCACUUUGAUACAGAAGAAGACAGAGUGAACGAGCUCUUCCUUAAAGCAGAGAAUAAAGGGGUGAUGGUGAAGAAAUGUUCUGUGACAAUUCAGGAAAUCCAGUCUCACCUAGCCGAGGGUCAUGUUGCCAUCGUGCUGGUGAACGCUGUGGUGUUGUCGUGUGAAGACUGUUCUUCACCUGUCAAGUACUGCUGCUUCCUGCCCGUGGGCCAGAAGUGCUUCUGCAGGAAGCCGGACUACCAGGGUCACUUUGUGGUCGUGUGCGGCUUCAGCAGGAGCAGCGGCUGCAUUUUCUACAACAACCCUGCAUAUUCUGAUCGGGUGUGCUGUACCAGCACCACUAACUUUGAGGAGGCUCGACAGAGCUACGGAACAGAUGAAGACAUCCUGCUGGUAUUUAAGGAGAGCUGAACAGCAGUCUGGAGGACUCGUCCUUCGCUGUGCAUUAGAAUGUUGUGGACCUUCUGCUCGGCAUCAAUACGUCCCGCUGCUCACUUGGAAAAUUCUGAACUCGUGUUUUCAUUGAAGGAUUAACACCUGGAAUGUUCCACAACAUGAACUGAGCUGCUCGUUUAAAUGAUUUUUAACAUGUGAUCCAUCAGAGAUUCAAUCUGUGGAGACCUCAAACCCAUAUUUAUGAAACCACGAUGAAUGAAAUAUUGUUCUCAUAAUUCAGGGCUGAUGAUUCUGUUAAAGGUCGGUACACAUGCCUUUAAAAAAAAGCUUCUGUUAAAGUCAUCAUCACUUUCUGCUCAGAUCUUUUUGUAAACAGGGAACAGUGUGUUGAACGUCUCAGGAAAUUACUGCCCUCAAGGUGUGACAUCUGAUUUACUUCAGUGCAAUACUCCAGACUCCGCUGGCUGCAAGACAGCGUGGACCACGGCGUGAGACUGUUUGCUGCAGGUGGGCGCGGUGACCUCGCCACUUUUCAUUCAGGUCACGGUGCGGUUUGGGGCGGGCAGCAUGGGGGACUGUUUUUGAUCAAAACAGUAAAACAGUGACAGGUGGACCUCUGUGAGAAGAUGAUGUAGAAGGUUAGUCAGUUCUUUUAUCAUUUUGCCUACGUUUUUUGCACUAAUGGACAUACAUUUUUCAGCUUUGCCUUGAACUGGUGGUUUGAAUCAUUCAGGUGACGUGCUCCUAAUGGUGCUUUUUGUUAUGAAGAAAUAGCACAUUUUAAACUGCAAUCUUUAUUUUGAGUUGAAGCUAUAAAUAAAGAUAUGGAACAUUUUCUGUUUUUAAUAUCUUUAUAAAUAUUUAAGGACUUGCAUUCACUCUAUCAUUAAAACUGUAUAGA